GCGGAGAAGGUAGACAUCAGCGCAGUCGGCAAUCCGCUCCUGCACGGAGACGCUCGUGAUAACUCUUUCUCUCGCCUCGUCGGUGUUUCCGACAUCCCGGUGUGUCUGCUGUACCUCUAGUGACUCACGAGACGACAUUCAAGGUCAAAUCUAACAUUAGUCUACAGACCUCGCGCAUUUCUCGUAAUACGAUCAAUCGUACGGGGUUACUCCAUGAUAUCCGGGUCAAGAAGCAACGGAAGACCCGUAUGUAAGGACGCAAUGAUUCGAAGAAGCUGAAAAGCCGCAUAAUAAGCAUCCGUGGACUUACAGGCGGUCCACGAUGCUGGUACCGCCUGAUAUGAUUUCGUCCCACUCCAGGAUGGUCUAUCAAUUCAACAAGUAUUUCGGCGAACGGGUGAUGAAUAGAAAGAGCCAGGUGGCGAAGACCAUUCAAGAGGUAUGCCGAGUAGUGCAGGACGUUCUGAAGGAGGUGGAAGUGCAAGAGCCUCGUUUCAUCUCGUCCCUGACGGACUACAACGGCCGGUUCGAUGGCCUCGAUGUCAUCUCGCCGACGGAGUUCGAGAUUGUCAUCUAUUUAAAUCAAAUGGGCGUGCUGAAUUUCGUGGAUGACGGCACCCUGCCGGGAUGCGCCGUAUUGAAGCUUAGCGACGGCCGCAAACGGUCCAUGUCCCUCUGGGUUGAGUUCAUCACUGCGUCUGGCUAUCUGUCGGCCCGAAAGAUACGCUCGAGAUUCCAGACUCUAGUGGCGCAGGCCUGCGACAAGUGCACGUAUCGGGAUUCGGUAAAGAUGAUCGCCGACACUACUGAAGUGAAGCUACGGAUACGAGAGCGUUACGUGGUACAGAUCACGCCGGCUUUCAAAUGCGCCGGGCUCUGGCCUAGGUCGGCCUCUCACUGGCCUAUCGCGCACAUACCUUGGCCGCAUCCGAAUAUCGUCGCCGAAGUGAAAGCAGAGGGCUUCGACAUGCUCUCGAAAGAAUGCAUAGGUCUACAGGGCAAGCAAUCCGCCAUGGAGGGCGACGCCUGGGCGUUGUCGUUCAUCGACGCGGAGAAUCGACUGUUGCAAGGCGCGAGCAGGAGGCGUUGUCUGAGCAUAUUGAAGACUUUGAGGGAUCGGCAUCUCGAUCUACCGGGAAAUCCGGUCACUAGCUAUCAUAUGAAAACUCUUCUACUCUACGAAUGCGAGAAACACCCUCACGAGGCAGAGUGGGACGAGGGUUGCCUGGCCGAGAGGAUAAACGGUAUCUUUCUGCAGUUGAUUUCCUGCUUGCAGUGCCGCAGGUGCCCGCACUAUUUUCUACCGAAUCUCGAUCUCUUCAAGGGAAAAUCGCCAAGCGGUCUGGAGAACGCUGCGAAGCAAGUGUGGAGACUCACCAGAGAAUUACUGACGAAUAGCCGCGCGCUUGAGAAGCUAUAAUGACCGACGGUAUACGAGUGCUCGUCAUAUGAUUCGUGAACUGAUCUCGCAAUUUCAUCGCACGUUCCUCGCGGUUGCAGCAUCGUGAUUUCAACGCGCGAAUAAAAUAUGUUUAAUAUCAUAUAACACGAUUAUGUAAGAACUGCGCGAAAAUAUCAUCGUUGACUCAAGAUUAGUAAUAUGAAAGGAUUUCUGUUGUUGUCAUCAUACAUAACACACUGCCAAGUCAACGAUAAGUUCGAUCCGCAUUUUUACGAAUUUCGCGUAAUUCCGAAUUUUGGAGAUUUCAUAUAUCCCGUUUCGGUAUCCCAAGAAUGUUUAGUGUGUGUCAGCAGCAAUUUUCACGCGAAUAUUUACGCGUGUAUGUGAUGUUUGGUGAAACGUGAUUGCUCGCAGACGAUCGAAUUAGUGCCAUAAAUACUUUGACGUUAGAGACAAAUUUCAUUUCUACUGUUGGCGCGAAAUAUUUGUUAAUUAUAUAGAUAGCACACAGAGAAUCAUCGCUCAUGACCAGUUCGUUGUAACGUCGGAUUACAAUACUGUACUGAUGUGUGUGAAAUAAUCUUUAACCUGUGGUCUAAUAUAAUAAAAGUCUUGUCAAAUUUUAAGUGAAAGAAAAGAAUUAUUUUUGCGUUUAACUCUUUAAGAGCUUCAAAUUUAUAUGGAGCGAUUAUUUGAAAAAAAAUACACAUUUU